UGCCGGCCUCCAGGGUCUGUGCCACACACAGCAUGGCGGAGCGGCCGCCCGCCGCGCCGCCGUCAAGCGAGAGCGGCCGUAAAGGGAACCUGGGCUGCGCGGCAGCGAGUGGCGGCGGGCGGGUCUUAAAACAGGUCAGUUACUGAGAGUGAUGCAUCAAGUGCCUUAGAAACCACUUGUACAGUCACAGUUGAAGGGGCAUAAUAAAGCAGUGAAGAGAAACUGAAGGAAGCAUUACAUGCCUUACUGAUCAGAAAACUGUUUUAAGUAUUUGGGCAAACUACAUAUCUAUGUAGUAAAAUCUAAAAAGGUUGAAGGUGUGGAGAGCAUGGGUUAUGAUAUUGAGCGCUUCGUGGGCUAUGUUAAUGAAGGGCUGUUGUGCUCCAUCUGCCGAGACGUGUUGGAAGAUCCAUUGCAGGCUCCUUGCGAACACGCUUUCUGCACUGCCUGUAUCCAUGGGUGGCUUGUUCAUCACAGUAACUGCCCUGAAGACAGACAAGUGAUUGAUGUGUCUUUGCUACGACCUCUCUAUAGAUAUAUGAAAAAUGAUUUAAACCGUCUUCAGCUACAUUGCAGAAACAGAGAGUAUGGCUGUGAAAUGGUUUGUUCUCUGGAGUCUAUAGACAGGCAUGAAAGGGAGUGUGAGUACAGUCAGAUACCUUGCUCCAAUGCUGGUUGUACCGUGCAGAUCGAGCGGCGUAACCUGGACGGGCACCUGGCGGUGUGCGAGUACCGGAGCCGGGAGUGCCCCAACGGCUGCGGCUACACCAUCCUCAGCGCCGAGGACACGCAGCACAACUGUGUGGCAGAGCUGAGGACAGAGCUGGAGCUGCUUCGGUCAGAAAUGAUCUGCAGAGUGGAGGAGGCAAAACAUGAGAUGGAGUCAAGGUUAGAUUCACAGAGAAGGCAUAUGGUCCAAAAAGAGAGUAUUCUGCAAAAUGAAAUUGAAGAACUGAAGAGUCAGAUGUCACGAAUGAUGUCAGACGUACGGUCUCUGAUGGCUGCGGAGAGGCAGCACCGCCAAGAGCUGGAGCAGGCAGAGCUGGAAAAACGGGAGUUAAUGGAGCUGCUGAAGGGGCUCCAGAAGGACUGUCGAUUAACUACUACAGAGGGAAGCAGGAAGUCAAAUUUCCGUCCUUUGACACGAAUAGAGAGUGUAAAAAGAAAACCUAGGGAAGUUACAGUUAUCUAAAGAGUACUAAGCUCAAAAAGCAUUUUUUUUCAAAUACUGGCUUCUGGCAAACUACUUUCUUUGAAUGAUUGGUAAACUUUAUAUAAUUUCUGAUUUACUUGGGUUUUUUUGAAGUCUAAAUUACAGCUGUAUUUCCUUUGGGGCCAUAAAAACAAAGAGAGAAUUUUUUUCCUGAGGGAAUACUGGUCAUUAAAACCAGUAAUUGGAAGACAUGUUUUUAACUAAUGUUUUUAUAAAAAGGGAAAGGAGACUUGAUUUGUUCUCUCUUUACUGCAUCACUUACAGGAAUCUUUCAAGACUGAAAGCUACAGCCUUUUAAAGUCAAAGUUACAGACUAUUAUGGACCAGGAAGAAAAAACAUUUCAGUAUCUCUGUUUGAUAAACAAAAAAACAAAUGGGACCAUUUGGGAUGUACUUAAUUUGGGGAAAAGUGAAUAGUAGAAUUAGUAAGUCAGUAAUAGAAAUUAAUAAGAUUUUGUUUGUUUGUAGUCAAUAGAAGGUCUUAUUUCAAAGGUGGAAAGCAAGCACUUUAAACUGUAAUUCUUCUGCUAUGUAACAGCUUUGGGUGAGGUUGACUGUUGCUUUAGAGCUUCUUCUCAUUUCCAAGGUUGAUAACACACUUAAGAGAUUAAUACUAAAGCCCAAGGUAGUAGAAUAACCUAAAACCUUUAAACAGAUGUGUGAAUAACUUUGAGUUUGUGGGAAUGGAUCUACUUCUUACAUAAAAAUUUGAAGUUUUUAUAUGUGAAACUAUCAGGUAUUUCUACAGGAUCUUUUAAGCAUAAGACCAGUCAUUUGGUACUCAAUGUCUUUGAAGUAUAUAUAAAAACCUAGAGUAUCCUUAAUUUUCUUGUGGCAAGUUUAAGGCUACUUGAUAUGCACAAGAGGUGAAUAUUUGCACAGUCACUUGGGCUUCAGACAUCUGUGUUAGUGGUCAGGCAGGCUUCAGGGAGUGCCAGAGCCUGGCACUGUCAUCAGAGGGUAACAGAACAUGAGUGUGAGUAGCUCAGUGAUCUGCUCUGCUUAGCAGUACAGCUCAAAGCAGGGGUGGAAGGGAUGUUAGAGCAUCUGAGGAAGAGAUUGAUUGAUAGAGCCAUUCUCUGCCUCCCCUGAGGCCAAUGUACCAGUCAAGUGCACCUCAGAAAGUGGAGGAUCACUGGAGGUGAGCCUAGGGUGGCAGGUCUGUGAUACAGGCAAAACCAUUGGCCCUGCUAAAGUGCAUCUGCACCAACACACAGUGUGGGCAGCGGGCAGGAGGAGCUGGAAGCCAUUGUUCAGCAGGAAGAUUUUGAUGUUAUCACCAUCACAGAAACGUGGUGGGAUGACUGUCAUCAUGGGAGUGCUGCAAUGGCUGGAUAUAAGAGACAGACGAAGCAGGAGAGGUGGUUGGGUAGCAGUGUACAAUAGGGAGUGUUUUGAUUGUAUUGAAAUUGAUGAUGAAGAUGACAUGGUUGAGUGCCUCUGGGUAAGGAUCACAGGGAAGGUCAGCAGGGCAGAUGUCAUGGUGGGAGUCCCUUAGAGACCACCAAGCCAGGAACAGGCUGAUGAGGUGUUCUAUAAGCAGCUGGCAAGGCAUCACAGUCACCAGCCUUUGUGUUCAUGGAUGACUUCAAUUUGCCAGGUGUCUGCUGGAAAUACAGCAGAGAGGAAGCAGCCUAGGGGGUUCCUGGAAUGUGUGGAAGACAGCUUUCUAACUAACACAACUGGUAAAUGAAACUUACAGAGAUGGGGGGUCCUGUUGCUUGUGAGCAAAGAAAAACUGGUGGGUGCUAAGAUGGUCAGUGGUCAUCUUGGGCAGAGUGACCACAAACUGUCAGUCUUUUCUAUACUGGGUGAAGUAAGGAGGGGCACCACGAGGUCUGCUCACCUUGGACUUUGGUGAGCAGACCUUGGCCUGUUUAGGACAUUGGACCUUGGAAGACCAAGUCCCUUGGAACUCAGUUCUGAAGGGCAAAGGAGUCCAGGAAGGCAGGAUGAGCUUUAAAAAGGAAUUGUUGAAUAUUUGGGAACAGACUGUCCCUAUGUGUGGAAAGACAAGUUGUAUGGGAAAAAGACCAGUGUGGUUAAACAGAGAACUUAAGCUGGAACAUAGGGGGAAAAGAGAAUAUAUCAUCUCUGGAAAGAGGGUCAGGCAACUUGGGAGGACUAUAAGGGUGUCACAAGGUCAUGUAGGAAGAAGAUUAAAAGGGACAAAGCCCAGCUAGAAUUUGCUUUGGCCACUACAGUUAAAGACAACAAAAAAACUUUGUUUAAGUAUGUUGACAGCAAAAGGAGGGUUAAGGAGUGUCUCCACCAUUAGUUGAAUCCAGAGGGUGGUGUAGUGACAGGGGUUGAGGAAAAGGCAGAGGUACUUAAUGCCUUCUUUGCCUCAGUCUUCAAUAUUGAGAUCACUUGUCCUCAGGAGACCCAGCUCCCUGAGAUGGAAGUUGUUGAUGGACAGAUGAGUGAAGCCCCCGUAGUCCAGGACGAGAUGGUUAGUGACCUGCUGUGCCAGUUAGACAGUCACAGGGCAAUGGGCCCUGAUGGGAUCAACCCCAGAGCAAUGAGGGAACUGGCAAAAGUACUCACUGGCACUGGUGAGGCCACACCUUGAGUGCUGUGUCCCGUUCUGGCCCCUCAGUUUGGGAAAGAUGUUGAGAUGCUUGAGUGCAUCCAGAGGAAGCAGCAAGGUUGGGGGGGGGGCUGUGAGGAGCGGCUGAGGGAGCUGGGGGUGUUCAGCCUGGAGAAAAGGAGACUCAGAGGUGACCUUAUCACUCUCUACAACUUCCUGAAAGGUGACUUUAGUCAGGUGCAGGUUGGUCUCUUUCACCAGGCAGCAACUGACAGAACCAGAGGACACAGUCUCAAGCUGCAUCAAGAGAAAUAUAGCUUGGAUAUUAGGAAGAAAUUUUUCAUGGAAAGAGUGAUGAAGUAGUGGAAUGGCUGGCUCAGGGAGGUGGUGGAGUCAGCAUCCCUGGAUGUGUUUAAGAAAAGACUGGAUGUAGCACUCGGUGCCAUGAUUUAGUUGAGGAGUUAGGGCAUGACUUGGACUUGAUGAUCUUGAAGGUCUCUUCCAACCUAGUGAUUUUGUGAGUUUGCCAAAACACUUUCAAUCAUCUGUCAGCAGUCCUGCUUAACUGGAGAAAUUCCAGGUGACUGGAGAUCAGCAGAUAUAACACCCAUCUAAAAGAAUGGUUGGAAGGAUGGUCUGGGGAACUACUGGCCUGUCAGCCUGACCUCAGCUCUGGGCAAGGUUCUGGAAGAGAUCAUCCUGAGUGCCAUUACAUGGCACAUGCGGGACAACCAAGGGAUCAAGCCCAGAAAACAUAGAUUGAAGAAAGGCAGGUCCUGCUUGACUGAUCUGAUCUCAUAUGACUAAGUGGCCUGCUGAGAAGAUGAGGGAAAGGCUGUGGAUGUUGUUGAUCUAGACUGCAGUAAAGGAUUUCACACCAUCUUCUAGAAAAACUGGCUGCUUCAGACUUGGAUGGGUGGACUCUCCAAUGGAUAAAAAGUUGGCUGGUUGUCAGGCCCAUAGGGUGGUGGGGAAUAGAGUGAAGUCCAGUUGGCAACUGAUCACUGGUGGUGCUCCCUAGGGCUCAGUAUUUGGGCCAGUCCUGUUUUAACACCAUUAUUAAUGAUCUGGACGUGGGGAUUAAGUGCAUCCUGAGUAAAUUUGCAGACACCACCAGGUCAGAUGGGAGUGUUGAUCUGCCUAAGGGUAGGAAGGCUCUGCAGACAGAUCUGGACAAACUCGAUCAAUGUGCCAAGGACGAGUGCAUAAGGUUCAGUAAGACAAAGUGCUGGGUCCUGCUCUUGGGUUGCAGCAACCCCAUGCAGUGCUACAGGUUGAGGGCAGAGUGGCUGGAGAACUGCUCAGCAGAAAGGGAAUUGGGUGUGCUGGUUGACAGCCAGCUUAAUAUGAGUCAACGUGUGCCCAGGUGGCUAAGAAGGCCAAUGGCAUCCUGGCCUGUAUCAGAAAUAGUGUGGCAGUGAUUGUCUCUCUGCAUUUGGCACCAGUGAGGCCACACCUUGAGUGCUGUGUCGAUUUUUGGCCCUUCACUUUAAAAAGGGAAUUGAAAUGCUGAGGCAUGUCCAGCAAAGGGCAACAAUCCCAUGUAAGGUCUAGAAAGCUUGUCUUGUGAAGAGCAGCUGAAAGAGCUGGGUUUGAUAGUCUAGAGAAGAGGAGGCUCAGGGGGGACCUCUUCACUCUCUACCACUCCCUGAAAGGAGGGUGUAGCCAGGUGGGGACUGGUCUCUACUACUGUGUCUACAGUGAGAGGAUAAGAGGAAAUGGCCUUAAACUCAGAGAGGGGAGAUUCAGAUUAGAUGUUAGGAAAAAAAUUUCACUGUUAGGGUGAAGUGUUGGAAUAGAGUGCUCAGGGAGCUGGUGGAGUCACCAUCCCUGGAGGUGUUGAAGAGCUGUCAGGAUCUGGGGCUGAGCAAUGGUUUAGUGGUUUAGGGUUACGGGGCUAGUUCUGGGUUGACAGUUGAACUUGGUCUCUUCCACCCUUGAUGAUUCUAUGAUUCAAAGUUUGCAGUAGGAUUUUUUAACAGACCCACAAAUCAAGGAGGCAUUUAUCUAUAAGCACUGCAUGAGAAAUCUGUUCAAAGACUUUCUCCAAACUUUUUACACAGCCUGUUCAUGUUGCUUUCAGUGGUAUAACUAAGCCAUAUUCUCAGCUCACCAGUAGACUAACUAUAGAGAUACCUGGCCUUCUGUUUACUGAACGUAUUAAAUCAGUUUUGGAGGGUCAGGAAAAUAUGUGCAGGUUCGACAACCCAAAUAUGUUAAUUUUAUCAUUUAGAAAGCAACUGCAUUACUGUGCAUGCCUUCCUGUGCUCAGAGCAAUGCUUUUAUAGCUAAUAGCAUAACCAAAGAGAGAGGCAGCAAUCUUCUUUAGCACAUAGUCUACAUUAUGAAGAUUUGUGCUCAGAGCUGUGUGGAUUUUGGGCAUUAAUAAAUCCUUCUAACUUGCUCUUUCGUUAGUACCACUGAGGCAGAUGUGCACGUAUUCAGGUCUUACGUAUUUAAAAACUGGUCUUGUGUAUUUAAAAACUGACACAAUUAGCUCUUCUGUAAAGUAAUUGAGAGUAUUUGGGGCACUAGCAAUCUCACCAAUUCAUGCCAUAGCACAUCUCUUAAGCAGCCAUAUUUAAUAAUAUAAAGCAGUAAACCAGUAGCUGUAAUUUGGGAAGACUUUCACACUAAAUGUUCAGGGGUCAGUUCACUUACAUCAAUUUUUGUAUUAAAGCAAUAGGUAGAAAGUAAGAAUGCUGUUACUCUUGUGUUCUGAGCAAGCAAGCUGUGAGUGUCUGUGCUCUGCGUGACAUUAUUGGAGCAUUCACGCUAAUUUCCAAGCUUUUUAGCAGCACCAGAUUUCGUGCUAUUAGAUUCAGUUAGUGCUUUUUUGUGUACUGUAACUGUGUGGUUGUGAUGUGGCUUUAUCUACUUUGCCUAAUGUAAAGACAAAAAUUACUUUAGAAUCCAUUAGAACUUGAUGAGCUGGAUCAUCUUUCCUGAGUCAGAGGGCAGUAACCCAAUCUUUUCUGUUCUGACCACAGAAGAAAGCUAGCUAUUUGCUCUGUGCAUUCCCCAUAAUGGGAUCUCUGCAUUUGUUUGCUUUAGAAAUUUCACCCACACAUUUCCGACUAAAUUCCUCCUAGUAUGGGAAAUAGGGUUUAUUUCAUAUUUACCUAGCAUUUGGCCUGCUGUCUUUUUCCUAAGUGAUGGACAUGAAACUGUGAGAAAACAUGUCCUAGGUGUCAAGGAAGGACUUUUGCUGCACUGACACUGCAAGCUCUGACAGUCUGAACUUCCAGUGUGGAAAUGUGGCAGUGUGUUGGGUCCAGCAGCUGCUGGCAUGGGCUUCAGUUUGGGUUUCCUUUAGCAGCAAAGAAGCACUUUCAGAGAUGUUUUAAAUACACACACGGUAGCUAAUGGCAUCAGGUCCCUCUGGUGACUUCAAGCUUUAUGCCAUUCCUCUGGCUUGGCAAGUGUUCUGCACUUCAGAUUUUCCUCUGCUAAUGAACCCCUCACAGGGUGGCAUUGCUGAAGUAUCAUCAUCAUUUGACCUGUUUUACAAUUGACUAGACUGGCAUUAAAUAGCCUGUUAUGUUAAUAUUUCAUCUACUUCUUGCUUUUCCAGUCUCAUGUAUUAUGCAGCUCUUAAUAGCAGUUGGCAGCAGCAAGGGAUUUUUUUUUCUGUCUUUCAAAUAGUCUGUUAAUCCUGUUCACAAAAACUAAGAUUCCAAACAUUGUACUAAACUUGACAUAAGUUAAAGACAUUCACUUGAAAAUGAUACUUCCCUAGUCAAGAUCAUACUUUAGCAUUAUAUGAGACACUGCUGAAAGUGCAUUAUAGGAGGAUUCCAGCAUGGAAUUACUGGUAUUACUAUUCUCAUAUUAAAUCACACGUUAAUCAGUUCCAUUUCCUCACAAGUGGAACUGCUUCUCCAAGUGUACCAGUAACCGUGCAAAUUGUUGUAUUUUGAAUUGCUGCUUCUGUCUCUUUGCAUCUGGAAAAGGGAGAGCCAAGAGAGAGAGCAAGUGUGGUGUGACUGUUCUUCAGCCCAAAAGCAGAGAUGUGGCCUCACCAGCUUGUGCCACCAGUCAGCUCACCACUGUGAGCUGCCAGUGUGUGGCAGGGAGUUAACAUGGCAUUAGAAUUAAAUGGAGAUUAAGUCUUUAUCCACAGUUAGGUGGAUACACAGUGUCACAGUACCAAGCCUGGGAGAUUCAGAAACAAAACUCAGAGCAAGUGGUUAAGUCAGGUAUGUAGAACUUGCAUAUACAGGAGUUUCUGGGUAGCAUAGAAGGGAAGGGAAUUGCACAGUCAAGCAAAAUACCUGCUAUAGUGAUGUAUUUUGACUGGCCAAAAGUGUUUUUAUCUGAACUGUUCUUAGGUGUUUGUAUGAAGUAACGUUUUAAUAGUCCCUGGUUACAAACAGUUCCUACAAUUUAUAGAAACUGGUAGCCUUGCAAAUGAAAUUUUCCAUGUGCUGUCCUCUUGGAUGUUUCUGGCUUGGUGCUUCUCUACAGCCACUUUCCUUAGAAGCUGGGUAGUAUUGACAGGAGCAGUACUAGCCUUGCCUUUCUCCCGUACUGUUGUCAGACGGAGUACGGUAGGUCAGGGAGAUUUUACCACGCAGAAGAUGCCUUUAUAAAGACCUACAAUUCUAUGCAACUUUCUAUUAACUGAGUAAACACUGAACUGUCUUCCAGCAUUAUGGGUCGCUGCCAGUCUAUUUACAUUUUCUACCUUUAUAUGCACAAGGAUAAACCAGCGCUUAACAGAUCUUAAUCUCUAGUGUGUAUAAGAAAUGGUAACACUUUGUAUCACUUUGAAGUACACUUUGUAUAAAAGUUGAACUAAUAAAGGGUCUACACCAUAAUUAA